AUGAGAUUACGACAUAUACUCGCCCCGGCGGCCCUACUGCUCGGCUGGGUCCCAGUGACCCUCAGCCAGGGCCUGCCGUCUUCGCUGCCGUCUUCCCUCGAUUCGCUUCCCGAUUGUGCGAUCCGCUGUCUCAAGACGUCGGUCACCAAUUCGGCCUGCAGCAUCGAUGAUUUUGCGUGCCUAUGUACCAACUCUGAUCUUCAGAAUGCCCUCACAGACUGCGCCCUCGCCUCGUGCACGAUGAAGGAGUCCCUCUUUGCAAAAAAUGUCACGCAAAGUAGCUGCAACGCGCCCAUACGGAAUAGGUCGCGGGGGAUCAAGGAUGUCACCACCAUUCUCUCCAUCAUCACCGGAGUCCUCGUCGCCGGACGACUCGUAUUCAAACAAUUCAUCGCGAAGAUGGGACUAUCUAUGGACGACUGGUUCAUCCUCAUCACGACGAUUGUCGGCGCAGUAACCAAAGUGAUUAUCGUUUACGGCACCUUAGCGAACGGUGUCGGGCAGGAUGUCUGGACCCUGCCAUUCGAUAUGAUAACGCGAUUCGGCAUGUACUUUUACAUCAUGGAGGUCUUCUACUUUGCGGAGGUCACCCUGCUGAAAGUGUCGAUCCUGUUCUUCUACCUCCGCAUCUUCCCGGAGCCGCGCAUCCGACGAGUCCUCUGGGCGACCCAGAUCCUGAACGUGCUUGUUGGUGUAGCCUUUGUUAUCACCUCUAUUUUCCAGUGCACUCCGAUUAGCCACUUCUGGACGAGUUGGACUGGCGAGACCAAGGGCAAAUGUGUCAAUGUCAACGCCCUGGCAUGGGCUAAUGCAAUUAUCAGCAUUGUGCUAGAUAUACUGAUGCUCGCUAUUCCACUGAGCCAGCUGCCCAAGAUUAAACUGCAUUGGAAGAGGAAGGUCGGCAUCGCGCUAAUGUUCUUCGUCGGCACCUUUGUCACCGUCGUCAGUAUCCUUCGUCUUCAUUCGCUCGUAACGUUCGCAACCUCCCAGAAUCAGACCUGGGACAACGCACCCGUCACCAAAUGGUCCAUCAUCGAGAUUAACGUCGGAGUCAUUUGCGCCUGCAUGCCAACACUCCGCCUUGCCCUCGCUCGUGCUUUCAGGAUCUUCCAGGAAUCGACUGUCCGGACGGGCUACGGAGCUGGCUACGGAGCCGGAUACCAGAACCAAUCCAGCAAGAUAACGAAUAGCCGUGCCGUAGCCACGUUCACUGGGCAGCCGUCUCAAGAAGCCCAGCCGCCCGAUCACGCGAUUUUGUGUAAGAAGACUUUUGAUGUACAAUACAGCGACGAGUCGAGCCUGGUUCAUAUGCGAGAUUUAUCGGCGAGGCCAACAACCAGUGAUGCAUCGUCAGGGUUAGACCCCGAAGACAGGCGCUGA